AUGACACCAGGACCGAUCACCGACUGGAUUUGGGGAGGAUUGAAUUAUCAGGCAAGUAUCGAGCACCAUCUCUUCCCAACAAUGCCCCGAUGCAAUCUGAACACAUGUAUGAGACUGGUCAAGGAAUUCUGCCGCGAAAACAACCUGCCGUAUCUAGUCAACGACUACUUCGAGGGCUACGCCUUGAACCUUAAACAACUCGAAAACAUCGCUCGCCUUUCCAGGACCAAAGCCAAC